AUGGCGAGUGGGCACUCCUUACGGGCGCAGCUUCGUGCGCUACAAGGUGUUCCGGAGGUAUAUCGAAACCAGAGUUUCCUCUGCCAGCCUGAGACCGAGGACGCGGACGUUGUCACUGCGAGGCUAGAGGCUGCGGAGGAGAGUGAGAGAGAGCAACAAAGGAAGUAUCGUGCUGUGUUUAUCCCUGUUGAUCCACAACUGGAGAAGGAAAUCAACUGCGAAAUCCUCAAUACGGACAUUCGCAAUUAUCCCUGGAAAGAAACGCCAUUCGGGGAUGUAUACUACUCCCCCCGGUACAGUGAUGAAAGGUAUACAUACCGUCAUGUGAUCCUGUCAAGGGGCGUCCGCAAGGAAGCGGAGAAACUCGCAUCGACGAUGCCAGAUGGCUUACUAACGGAAGAUAUGUUCAUCCACUGCCUUGGUAUUGCGUUGUCGCCCGGCUGGACGCACUUUAUGUGUUUCAACCGGAAGUUGAAGGAGCUGAUUCUUCGGAGACCUAGAGAGGACGAUAACCCCAAAACCGCCCACGGAGCAUCGAAAGUAGAUGGAGCACCCGGAGAAGGCGAUGAGGUAAGCAUUCAGCUACGUUUUAAGAUGUCAUACCUGCGUCUCAUCUUUCCGCACUCCGUGGAUGUUGACAGCGACGACGAACCACCGCCGGAAGCAAACCCGCGGCGCACGGAUGGAGGAAAGUCAAGGGGGAGAGGAGAGUGUCGAACGACCGAUGAAAAAUGUGACUCAUCAUGUUCUGAUGAGAACAUCGCUACGGCGCAGUCUCGGAACGGCGCAGCGGAAAUGCCAUCGGCUGAUCCUGUCUGUGGCAGAGAGCGGCGAGAGAAAAGUCUCCGCGCAGAAACGCGGGUGUCACGGGAAUCGUUCAAGAAAAGUGACCACGGAACAGUAGCGACGGCAGGAGAAACAGGCGAUACUCUGCCGUUGUCUCGACGGCCGCAUGCGCGGAAUAUGAGUGCUAAAAGCUCAACAGAUCUGGGUCGCACAUCAGCAGCUGUCGCAGCUGUUCCUGGAAUUCGUCAGCUCCCUUUCAGGCAAGCAGAUCGUGUGUCUGUCAAUGCGCCUUCGUGUUCCGAGGCACAGAGCAGAAGAGAUGAUAAUCUCCAACAUCCUCCAACCACAAGUGAUGAUGGCGACCAUAAGGUUUCAGUUCGGCCACCGGAGGGUCCUUCGUCGGCGCAAGAUGUCACUGCACAAAAGGAGGCUCUGAAGAGAAGCAGACCAGACAGUGACCGGCCUCAGCAAAAACGCUGUCGAGAUACGCAGCCACUGCAGCGGCUGAGGCAGGAAGAACCCAAGUCGAAGCUUCGUUGUGCAACAGAUGGUGCUCGUCCAUAG